AUGGCCGGUCCUACAGCAGAACAAAAGCAAUAUGUCGAUGCUGCCGACGCCAAAGCCUUUGUAGAAGCAGUGUUAGUUGGCAACGGCGUGACGACUGCAAAUGCUACCAUUGUAGCACGCUGCCUCAUCGCAGCCGAUCUACGAGGCGUUGACACACAUGGGAUGAACCGGAUACCAUCAUACAUGGAGCGAAUUCGACAGGGCGUUCUUGAUGGUCUCGCGACACCAAAAGUUACACAGAUUACCCCUGUGGUUACGCAGGUCGAUGCGCAGAACGGGUUUGGCUUCCUCGCUGCAGAUGCGGGAAUGGCUACCGCAAUUGAAGCCGCCAAAACCUACGGCAUCGGAAUGACGAGCAUCAAGCACUCAAAUCAUUUCGGCAUGAGCGCAUGGAUCGUUCAGAAAGCUAUCGAUGCUGGUAUGAUGAGCUUGGUGUUUACCAACUCCAGCCCUGCAUUACCACCAUGGGGCGGGAAGAGUAAGCUCAUUGGCGUUUCGCCACUAGCAUGCGGCGCGCCUGGAAAAGACAAACCUUUCAUCCUCGAUAUGGCUCCGUCCAUUGCUGCUCGAGGAAAGAUCUACAAAGCGAAGAGACGGGGCGAGAAGAUCCCACUGGAUUGGGCACUGGACAAGGACGGCAAUCCCACGGACGACCCCGCGGCGGCUCUCGAUGGCGGCGUGAUGCUGCCCAUGGGUGGUCCCAAAGGCUCAGGCUUGGCUAUCAUGAUGGACGUUUUCUCUGGAGUGCUGUCGGGCUCUGCCUUCGCAGGCCAUGUCACUGGUCCUUAUGAUCCUUCCAAGCCAUCAGAUGUGGGCCAUUUUCUCAUUGCUAUCAAACCAGACCUGUUCAUGAGCUUGGAAGAUUUCAGAGAGCGAAUCCAGUAUCUAUACGAUAGGACUGUCGGUGCCGAGAAGGCUGCUGGUGUGGAGCGCAUAUACUUCCCAGGAGAGCUUGAACAAUUGGAGCAGAAACGUAGAGAGCAAACUGGCAUUCCUUUGGUGCAGGCAGAAAUAGAUGCCCUGAACGCGGAGGCACACAAAGUAGGAACAAAGCCUCUGGUUGUGAAAGAUUCAGCAUAG